AUGUCAAAGACUCGCUCGAAAGUCGAAGGCGAAGGGUGUCAUGUCAAUCUUGAUCAAAAGAUAGAAUCUUUUAUGAAAUCAGAUGAUUUUAGAGCAGUUCUUUCUACAGCAAUUAACGUCGCAGUCGAAGCGGCUAUCAAGUGUUUGAAGAACGAAUUCGUUGAACUAAUCGAUGUUAGAAUGAAAGCGCUCAAGGACACGAAUACUCGCUUAAAACGUGAAGUAUCAAAAGUUGGGUGAAGUCGAUCGAUGCUAAAGCGAAUGAAAAUGAGCAAUACUCUCGCCGAAACAAUCUAUGUUUCUGUGGUAUUAUCGAGAAAGAACCAGAGGACUGCUACGAUGAAGUUGUGAAACUUUGUGAUCGCGAGUUGGGAGUGGCAAACGAGCGAAAGGAAAUUGAUCGUGCUCACCGAAUCGGUAAACCCCAGCACGACGAUGGUUGUCCUCGUGCUAUUAUUAUCAAGCUUAAAAGCUUUCACAGCAAGCUAUCAAUAUUAAAAAACAAGCGUAGGCUGCAGGAGAAAUCUUUGUGUGCGAAUGAAGAUUUAACAAAAAUCAACCAGCAAUUGUUGAUGUAUGCGAAAGAAAAGUGCCGUGAUACAGCUUCGGUCUAUACCUCUGAUGGUCAUAUCUUUGUUAAGAGAAAAUAUGAUG